AUGCACCGGUCCUACCAGCCCUUCAAACCUGUCACCAACCGAUACCUGCAGCAGAGAUGGGACCAGAGCGACUACGAGAAGCACCGCCUGAAGGUGAGCUCGGCUCUGCCUGUGGUGGACACCGCCGGCAGCAGGACGCCUGUCCACAUGACGCUCAAACUGAAGAAGCUGCAGCUGCAGGAGGAGCGUCUGUCGGUCAUUGACAGAGACAAUCGGCUCCUGGCCUCCAAACUGGCCAACAUCGUGUGCUCCAAAGGCCUGGUGGACCACCGGAACCAGUACCAGACCAGGAGUCUCAAUGCUCCGAAGCGGAGGCAGGAGCUCCUGUUGGUCGGUCAUCAGAAUCAGGGCAUCUACCAGCGAAUCCUCGCUCGCCAGUCGGAGUACCGCCGCCAGCUGUGGCUGGACGACUGGGAGAAGACACAGCGCCGCCUGGACACCAUCUCCAGAUACCCCAGAGGGCCCACGGACCAACGGAGGUUUCAGAGGAAGGUGAAGUUUGCAGAAGAGGAAGGAAGUGAGGGCUUCUCCAUCAGCAGCGACGCCUCCAGCAGCGACAGGACCAGCACUGAGACCUGA